UCCACAUUUUCUCCUCUAAUAUUCUAUGAACAUAAUUUACUAACUGCGAAGUGAUUUAUAUUCAUAGUUCUGUUUUGUAGGUUACAGAUGCCAUUAUCCUUUGAAAAACUUUCUUUCCAAAUUUCUGUCAAUGGAAGGCAAAUUAUAUUAAGGUGAUGGGUGAAUAUUUUACUUUGAACCUUAAUGAAAAUGGAAUAUAAUGGUCAAAGGAAUCAUUUGCUCUUUGGGAUUCUGGAGUACUUGCCCUGUCUUUCAAAUAGCAUCCUUAUUCUUGGGGGGCAGAUUUUCUUGUUUCUUUGACUCCAACCACACAACUCUGGUUUGAACUUCAGUGUUUUUCAAUUACAUAGUUUCCACAACCCAAAGGUCCCCUACUCAAGGCACAUAGGUCAAAAUCCUUUCCAAGAAAGGGUCAUUUUUACUUUAUUGACUUCAUUAUCUUCUUCACAUUUGUAGAAAAGACAGUUGAACUCUGACCCAGAAAUGACUACUAAUAAGUGAGCAUCUCCAUUCAGUUUUAUUAGUCAUCACCUACAGCACAUUCACAAAUGAAAGGCCCUAAGACUGCACACCACAGAGCGGAAAACAAAUGAACAAACAUUGUCUUUUAGUUUCCCUUCAUGAGUUAUAGGCACAUUGCCAUUUGGCAGUUAGGAGCUGCAUUUUUUAAAAUAAUAUUUUUAUCUACAAACAGAAAAAAGUAUCAAUUCCUAUAAUAGAUUGGAAACUCUUUCCAAGACCAAAAAAAAUAUUGUGUUUCCUCCAAGGUGCUAUGGUCAGAAACCAAAUGAUUACCUGUACAGAAAAACAAUUGUUAAAUAAAUGGCAAUCACUGUAGAAAUUUCUGUUCUGAGUUUGUAACUUUAUGAGGAAGAUAGAAAUUUCUCUCACAUGGAUUAGUUAUAGCAAGACUUCCAAAUGAGGCUUAGGGGAAAAGGAACAAGAAAGGAGAGAAAAGAACACUUUGACCUGACAGGUGGGCAUUUUAGCCCUUACAGAGGGGCUUUGAAACAAAAAUUUUCUGAAGUCGUAAAGCAGAACACUUGGUGGCGCUGCAGGCUAAGAAAACGAAAAUCCCCAGAAAGCCUGCUUGUGAAAGCAGUGCCAUUUCUUUCCGCUGAGGAAGGAAGGUUUUCACAUUUCUGCCGACAGACCCCUCAAAGAGGCAGACACACCGUGUCCAGCAAUGUUAAACAGCAAAGAAGCUCAAAAUUAGUAGGCCAAGAUUCCUGAGUUGUUCACAGAGCAAUUCUAGUGUAACUGCUGCAUCUCUGGGACCUGAGGCACCAUGGAGACACCACGACUGAAAAGGCAAGUGACCGCCUUUGUCUGUCUGUUACUAUUGUGGGAGGCAGGCAGUGCGACCAUUAAGUAUUCGAUUCUAGAGGAAACAGACAGGGGCUCUUUGGUGGGCAACCUAGCAAAAGAUUUGGGAUUGGGUUUAAGGGAUCUGGUCAGCAGGGGCGCCCAGAUUCUCAACAAAGGGAACAAACAGCUCUUGCAGCUGGAACAGAAAAGUGGAAAUUUGGUUCUGAAAGAAAAAUUGGAUCGGGAGGAGUUAUGCGGGAGCAUGGACCCGUGCAUCCUACAUUUCCAGGUGUUACUAAAAAACCCAGUGCAAUUUAUUCAAGGGGAAAUACAACUCCAAGAUGUAAACGACCAUGCCCCAGAAUUCAUGGAAGAUGAAAUUCUCCUUAAAAUAGUCGAAAGCAGCCACCCAGGGGCCAAGUUUCCAUUGAAAAUAGCUCAAGAUUUGGACAUAGGUAGCAACACAGUUCAGAACUAUACCAUCACCAUCAACUCCCAUUUCCACCUUCUCACUGGCAAUCACAGGGAUGGCAGGAAAUACCCUGAGCUGGUGCUGGACAGAGCCCUGGACCGAGAGGAGCAGGCAGAGGUCAGACUAACACUCACGGCUCUGGACGGUGGGUCACCCACAAAGACUGGGACUACCCAGGUUCUCGUCGUGGUGCUGGACACGAAUGACAAUGCCCCGGAAUUUGCCCAGAGGAUCUAUGAGGUGCAGGUUCAGGAGAACAUCCCUGUGGGCGCACUUGUCCUCACUGUGUCCGCAAGGGACGCAGACGCUGGGACAAAUGGGGAGAUGUCAUACUCGCUUUUUCAAGCCUCAAAUCCAGUCCUCCGGGCUUUUGAAAUAAAUACAGACAACGGAGAAAUUAGAGUAAGAAAACUAUUGGACUUCGAGGAUAUUCAAUCUUACCGCAUGGAAAUCGAGGCCUCUGAUGGGGGAGGUCUUUCAGGGAAGUGCACGGUAGCAAUAGACGUGAUGGAUGUAAAUGACAACGCCCCUGAACUCAGCAUGUCAUUGCUUAUCAGUGACAUUCCAGAAAACGCUCCUGAAAGUGUAGUCGCCAUCUUUGGAAUUUCAGACCCAGAUUCUGGAGAGAAUGGGAAAAUGGUUUGCUCCACCCAAGAUCGUCUUCCCUUCCUCUUGAUACCUACUGAGGAAAAUUUCUACACCUUGGUAACGGAAGGUGCACUGGACAGAGAAAGCACAGCUGAGUACAACAUCACCAUCACAGUCACCGACCUGGGCACACCCAGGCUCACAACCCAGCACACCAUAACAGUGCAGGUGUCUGACGUCAACGACAACGCCCCCGCCUUCACACAAACCUCCUACACCCUGUUUGUCCAGGAGAACAACAGCCCCGCCCUGCACAUAGGCGCCAUCAGCGCCACAGACUCAGACUCAGGCUCCAAUGCCCGCAUCACCUACUCGCUGCUGCCAGCCCACGACCCGCAGCUGGCCCUGGACUCGCUCAUCUCCAUCAAUGCCGACAACGGGCAGCUGUUCGCGCUCAGGGCGCUGGACUAUGAGGCCCUGCAGACCUUCGAGUUCCGCGUGGGCGCCACAGAUCAAGGCUCGCCGGUUCUCAGCAGUCAGGCUCUGGUGCGCGUGCUCGUGCUGGACGCCAACGACAAUGCGCCCUUUGUGCUCUACCCGCUGCAGAAUGCAUCUGCGCCCUGCACAGAGCUGCUGCCCAGGGCGGCCGAGCGAGGAUACCUGGUCACCAAGGUGGUGGCUGUGGACUGCGACUCUGGCCAGAAUGCCUGGCUGUCGUUCCAGCUGCUCAAGGCCACUGAGCCAGGGCUGUUCAGCGUGUGGGCUCACAAUGGCGAGGUGCGCACCUCCAGGCUGCUGAGUGAGCGCGAUGCUCCCAAGCACAGGCUGCUGCUGCUGGUCAAGGACAAUGGCGACCCUCCCAGGUCUGCCAGUGUCACUCUGCAUGUGCUGCUGGUGGAUGGCUUCUCUCAGCCCUACCUGCCUCUGCCCGAGAUGGGGCGCGAACCUGCACAAGGCGAGGAUGCACUCACGCUGUAUCUGGUCAUCGCCUUGGCAUCUGUGUCUUCGCUCUUCCUCCUGUCUGUGCUGCUGUUUGUGGGGGUGAGGCUGUGCAGGAGGGCCAGGGCCACCUCUCGGGGUGGCUGCUUUGUUCAGGAGGGUCUCUUUCCUGGCCACCUGGUGGAUGUCAGCGGAGCAGGGACUCUGUCCCAGAGCUACCAGUAUGAGGUGUGCCUGACAGGAGGUACUGGGACCAAUGAGUUCAAAUUUCUUAAACCAGUACUUCCCAACUUCUUGAAUGAAGGGGCCUAUAGGAAUGGCGAGGAAAUUUCCAAUUUUAGGGAUCAUUUGGGGAUUAGCUAGAAAUCAUACUUUGACCUCGUGUGAUGAAUUGCAGUCUCCACUGAUGCAUCAUGCGUAGGCUUCCAAUUUUUCACUCACUGUAAAGUGAGAAUUAGUGUGUUACUAAUCAUAUAUAUAUGUAUAUAUAUAUAUGUAGCUGCUUCUAAUUGUUGACAAUUUUUUUCAAUUUUGUUAGCCAAGAACACAAAGUAGCUGCCAUUUUUUCUUUCUUGAUGGUAUUAUUUUCAUCACUCUUUUUAAAAUGUUACAGAUGUUUUCAGGUCCCCAGUAUUUAAGCCUGUGCAUUGAUUUCCUAUAAUCAAAGGAUUCGUGUUUCAAAAGAUAUCCUUAUCGUUAGUGUGAAUUUAACGCUAUUGUGAACUAUGGCUUUCAGUCUUUAAAAUAAUUUUCAAUUAUGUGAACAUUUCUGUGUUCUUCUAAAUCCUACGAAUCUGCCACCUGGUCUCAAGAACCCUAUUUUUUUUCAAAUGAACCGUUGGUCAAUCAGGAUUAUGUUUUUAAAUGGGGGUAUUUUCUUUCAAAAUAGAUAAAUUUAAUUAAGUCAUCUUUUGGCAUUCUGAAAAACUUUGGUCUACCAAAAAGUGACAGAGUUAUUGUGCUUAAUUUUCUGUAAAUGGUUUUGUUGUGUAGAUGUUUAUUCUCAUUCUUUUAACAUGAUAUAAUCUUCAUAAUUAUUACAUACACAGUAAGUACAAAGAAGACACAUUAGCAUGCUUUCACCAGAAAGUUUUCAUCACAUCAGCAUCAUUAUAAAAUAUAUCUACUGGAGUUUUGGGUGUAGCUCAAUGAAAGAACAUGUGCUUAGCAUGCAUGUCACCGGAGAUCCAGGGACCAGCAUAAAAAAAAGAAUAUGUGAGUAAUAUCUUCACAUGAAUGUGAGACUUAAAUGAGAGCAGCUCUCUAAAGAUGAAUUACAAUAAACUUGUAUAAUUUAAACUGUCAGGGGCUUGAAAGGUGACUCAGUGUUUAAUAUUCUUCUGAGGACCCCAUUUCAGGUCCCACCACCCAUAUCUGGUGGUUCAAAUAGACUUUAAUCCCAGCUAUGUGGAGCUCCAAUACCCUCUUCUGGUGGCCAUCGGUAGCCACACAGAGAGAACUAAUAUUAAUUAAUAGAUGUUAUAACUUAAAUAGUUAUUGAAAUUCAGUAGCUUAGCCAUUUGGUCUUUGGCUUCUCCUUGAUAAAAGACUUCUAAAUAACUGACAUUUAUUAUUGUCCUGCCAAGUUUCUUCAAAAACUGCUCUAGGUUAUAAAAUUGGUUGCAUAUGUCUGUUCAUCAUAUUCUUUCACCAUCCUUUGUUGUAUCAAUUGCAGUGUUUCCAUUCUCAUCUCUGAUUUUUGUUUUUCUUUUCCUUUGAGUAAAGAUCUGUUCUUGGUUGUCUUCAUCUUUGUGAGUUAUUCAGCCUCUUGAUUGCUUGCUUCUGCCCUACUAGUUGUUUCAAUUUAUUAACUUUGAACUUGUUUUUUCUUGUCCUCUUCAUCCUUUGAAAUACAAUGAUAGACUGUUUAUUUUGGAGCUUUAUUUUUUGGUGGCAGUAUUGGUUGAUAUACAUUCCCCUCUUAGUACUGCAUUUGCUGUGUCUGAUAGAUUUUAGAGUAGUGUGUUCAUUUUCAUUUGUUUGAUAGAAUUUUUAUUUUAAUCUUUGAUAGAGUUCAAAAAUAGGUUGCUUAUGUUUAAAUUUUCUGUUCCUUUCUUUUAAUAUAUGGUCUAACGUACUCUAGGGUGUCCUCAAACUCACUUCAAUGGCCAUGGUGGCACUUAACUUGAGAUCUCACUUCAGUGUACCAAGUGCUGGGAUUACAUACUAGUGCUACCCACACAGUUUAAUUUUUCUUUGUUCUAAUUUCUAUGUUUUAUUUUGAUUUUUACCAGAAUGUAGAUCUUCUCCAGCUAUUUUUUUAUUCUUCUGAUUAAAAUUUCAGUCUCUGAUAUCAUAGUUUUGUUUUCAAACAGCUCAUUCAUUCUCUAUGGAUGUUUCUUUUUAUAGCAACCCUUAAGUUUUAAAUUUUUGCUGAUAUUUAACUAAUGAAUGAUUAUAUUCUUCUAGUGGUUUGCAUAUAUGUAUACAUGUAUGUCUAAUUAUUACCAUUAUCAACAUUGAGAAUGAUUUCAUCACUCCUAAAAUGAGUUAAGGGAGAGAAUUAAAAUGAACUGACUAAUUCAAAUUGAAAGGAAUUCCUGGCUUCCUUCCUUAUGCCCUAAUCACCAACGUUAUCUUAUCUCCUGCUUCAUUUCAACAGACGUAGACCUUUAAGAAUGCUUAUAGAUGAACUAUUUCCUGAAUUCUUACAUUACCGAGAAGUAUGGUUUAGCUGGGUAUAAAGUUCUUCAGUCAACUUUCUGAAGAUAUGUGCUGACAACCAAAUUCCUUUGAAAGAGCAGCGUGUGUUCUUUUAGCUACUGAGUCAUUUCCCAGAGCCCUCCUCAAAGAUUUUUAAUGAAAACAUUUUAUUGAAUAUACUGUAAGAGGAUAAAUGGACUGGGUUGGAAGUAUAGACUCACUUGUGUUUUAUACGAAUAUGGCAAAGAACAUCUUUCUGUGGUCAGAUGACAAAAUUUCUUUUCAUGUAGUUUCCAAGCAUGUAAGUAGUGCCACAAGAAGGAAUGCAUUAGUUCCUGGUGUACAUUACAGGAUGUUAGUAUGAACUACAGUGAAUGUUAUUUCCAGUUUUAAUUUGAGGUUCAGCAUUGGGCUCUAGACUUCAUUCUGCUCUGUGGUGCCAUUACAGUCUGGUCUAAUCUGGCCUGACUGCCAUUACCAUUUCCAGAGGAGUCUGGAGACAUGUAGGGAUACAGAACAGAAUAAAAUGUGUGUUAAUGGUCCUUCAAGAUACAGGAGUUGCCACCAUGCCUAAGAAGCUAAGUUUGAUCUCCAGGUCUCACAUGCAUUAAGGAUACCAAACUGGGAAGGAAACCUGACAACUGAUUGACCUCACUACUUGCCCAGAGUAAGUAGAGAUGAAGUCAAACCUGGACUGCUGAUCAACCUGUUUCUUUGGAGGAGAAGGGUGGAGAAGAGGGAUUGAGAGCAAAGAAGGGAGAAAAGGUUCAAAGGAGUAGUGAUGCCAAAGGUUUCAAAGAAGGACAACUGGUAGACCUUGUCACAUGCCAGAAGUGAGUGGAGAUCAACCUGGCCUGGACGGCUAAUGAGUCUUGCUCUUGAGUAGGAGAGGGAGAAGGAGGAGAGAAGACCUCCUCAGAUGUUUUUACAUUAGUUCUUUCAUCACAAUUUGUCCAUUCAUCUACAGUUAGCUAAACUAUAAGUGAUUUAUUUCAAUAAGUACUCAUAAAUAUUGAUAUGCUUAUUAUUCUUUACUGUUUGAUGAAUCAUUUUCUCUGUAGUUGAACAAUAUAAAUUGGGUAAAAUAUUGAGCCAAAAUUGCUUUUUUCACAACAUUCCUCAGUUACAUUGUGUAUAAAAUGUUUCUUGGAGGUCUGGAGCCUCUGUGUUUUAACUUGGAGGCCAAACCCAGCAAGUAUUUUGCCACUGAGUGCAUUCCUACCAUGGACUACCUUCCUGUUAUGGUUAGUAUUAUAAAUUUAACAGGAUCUAGACUCACUUAGGAUACAAGCCUUCAGAUACAUCUGUAAGGUGUAAUACAGGUUAAGUAAGACUUUGAGAAUUCCUGUUGGGAGAUUAUGUUGAUUGCAUUACUUGAGCAAUGAAGGCCUACCCACUGCGGGUAGCACAGUUCUGUUUCUGGGAUCCUGCGUUAGAUGAGUGGAAAAAAACGAAGCUGAACUGAAUCACUCCUCUAUUCCUCUCUGCUUCCUUGCUGUGGGUGUCAUGUGACCAGCUGCUUCAUGCUCCUGCCACCUUGAAUACCCCAGCAUGAUGGAUGAUAGCCUGGAAAUGUGAGCACAAAUAAACUGUCUUAAGUGGCUUUUGUCAAGGUAUUUCACCACAGUAGCAAGAAAAGUAGUGACAACACUCCAUUCUCUUUUUGAAGAUUAUUACCUUUUCUUUUAUAAUGCUUAUUAAUUUGUUCUUGUGUCUGACAAUUACUAACUGAGACAUCUCCCUAGCCUUAUUCAUGCAUUUUAUGAGUAUAUGCUGUCUGCAUGUGUACAGCAUGUGUGUAGAGCUCAUGAAGACCAGAAGGGGCAUCAAACACCCUGGAACUGGAGUUACAGGUGUUUGUGAGUUCCUGAUGGGAGUGCUUGAAACUGAUUCUGUGUUCUCUUCAAGAGAGCAAAAGAUCUUAAAGACCAAGCCACCAUUCUAACCAUAUUGUCAUAUUAUGAUUAUUGUAAUGAUAAUUUUUGAAACUGAGAAUACCUUUCAAUAUGAUACAUAUUUUGACUAUGCCAUUUAUAUAGUAAGUAUAAUGGUCUACAACUUGUCUGGUAUUUCCAAUCUUUAAAGUUGCUGUGGGCUUAUUUAUGCUUCUUCAAGUUUGUGCUGUCUUUAUUUCUUUGUGUGACUCAUGUGGCUGCUUUCCCUUUAAGCCCUUUAAGGCAUUUACAUGUUGUAUCUACAACUAUCUGUGACUACACAUUUCAUUUUUUUCUUUUUGCUUGUCUUUUUUUCCUGAUUUACUUGACAAAUCAGUGAUCUCUCCUCUGUAGCAUGCAGUAAUAUUCACAGAUAGAGCUCUUUCUUUGGUGGGCUUAAAAGAGACUCUGUACACAUAGAUUAGUAAUAAUUGUGAAAAUGUCCUAAUUACACUUUAAAACUUAUUUUGAGUGCCUAUUAGGGUUGAAACACAGGUAUUCCUGGAAUUUGAACUUAGGUUUUCAGCUGUGGUGGCAGGCACAUUUGCUGGCUAAACCAUUUUGCCAUACCUAUGUUUAGUUCACAUAUAUUAGUAAACUUAAAAAUUACAGUACAAGUUGGGAGCAAUACCAACACUGGGGAGUCAGAUGAAAGUGGAUCAAGGUUUUAAGGCCAUCCUGGGCUACAGAGCAAAUCUGAGUUCAGUCUUGGGUAUAAAAUAUCUUGUCUCUAAUAAAACCUUAAUUAAAUGUC